UGCUGAGGAAAAGAAGUUUGACAAAAGGGGUUACCCCAUAAUGUUGCUCGGGUAUAAAAAUUAUCUCACCCCCAAAGUAAAGUAGCCAUCAAGAUAAUGCAAAACAGCUUCCCUUCUGGUUCUUCAUAUCUACUUUAUCCUAAGACAACCUUGCACAAGAAAGUUCUCUCAAUUUCUCUCUUUCUUCAAUUAGCUUGGUAUGGGGAAACUCUGGGUUGAAGUGUGCCUGAUAUCUGCUAGAGGGCUCCGGCGUUCGUCUACCUUAUGGAAGCUCCAAUGGUAUGCCGUUGGGUGGACUAACCCGAAUAACAAAUACUGCACCAAGAUUGAUGCAUCUGGAAAUGCAAAUCCAGUAUGGAAAACCAAGUUUGCUACCUUGGUUGAGGACUCGGAGUCGAACUUGAAGGAUCUGGCGCUGCACAUUGAAGUGUACAGCAGAGAGCCUAUAUUCCUCAGAGAGAGGCUUCAGGGUACAGCAACUAUUGUCUUGAGAGAGUUUCUGGCUAAGCAUAACAAGAAUUCUGAGGCUUCAAGACAAGGAGCUGAAGAAGUUGGGAGCUAUCAAUUGCGGAAAAAGAAGUCCAACAAGCCUCAAGGAUUCGUCGAUGUUUCAAUACGUAUAUCUGAGGACAUGGAAGCUCGAAGCUCAUACACAGGCAGUGAGGGAGGACCUACGGAUCUCAGCAAUACCAUCACCUUGGCUAUUGGAGAUGGGUCUUCACCAACAUUUCAACCUCUAGCUCCACACCAAAGGCCAGAAAGUCAGCUCCGUAUCAAUUCUCCAUAUGCACAACCAAGGUCCUUCCCUACAAACUCAUCCAAGCCAUCCGCAGUUGGACCAAUACCAAGUUACCCACCAGCCAGCGGGCCAAGCUACCCGCCAGCAAGUGGACCAAGCUAUGAGCCGCCCAAAACUCCGCCACCACCUCCCCCACCUUCUAAUGUUGGGUACAUACCCACUUUUAUUCCAAGAACAGAUAGAAUGUCGGAUACCUAUGUUAAUAUGCCAUCAUCUGGAGUACCACCUGGUCGUAGAGGGGCACCGGGUUUUGGAAUGGGAAUGGGUGCUGGAGCGCUGGCGGCUGGUGCUGUGAUCUUCGGUGAUGACUUUAUGUCAGGAUUUGAUAUGCCUUCAGGAUUACAAGAUGCUAGUCUCACCAUAUCAAUUGAUCCUCCUUUUUAACCAAGUUUGUAAUUAGCAUCGGUAAUUAUGUUGUAUUAAAUUAAUGCAGUAUAAAAGUCCACUACCUAAACUUGGUUGUCUCAUUAAUGCAGUUAAACUCCUUUCUCA